AUGAAACGUGAAGAUAACUAUCAAAAGUAUGCAACGGAUGUAUACGAUCCUAUUAAGAUAGGUUCAAUAGAUUGUACCGAUACGGAACCACAUGAUCGGGCCAUUUUAAGGGCAUUAUGUUCAGAGUACGUUCCAAAUAAGAAAGUGAAAGGUGAUCCAUAUCACACUGUGUUUAUAGCCAGACUCAAUCCAAGAACAACACAGGAUACAAUUUAUGCAGAAUUCUUGAAAUUUGGUAAAAUAUUAAACUGUCGCUUGGUGAGAGAUAUAGUCACUGAGAGAGAAGCUGAAAGACGUUUGCAAGGAUGGAAACCUAGAAGACUUGGUGGAGGUUUAGGUGGAUGCAAAGAGUCAGGGCAGUUAAGAUUUGGCUGUAGAGAUAGACCAUUUAGAAAACCUAUAUUAAUUGCCCCAAAAAGUAUCAAAGAAGAAUCGAGUAGAAAA